AUGCAGCUUAUCCAUCUCGUUCCCCUGGCCGGCCUGGCCUCGUUGGCCAGUGCUGCGUAUAUCAACGGCACGGGCUCGCUCACGACCACGACCGAGGUUGUCACGGCCUUCACCACGUACUGUCCGUCGCCCACAACGCUGGUCUUCAACAACAGCACCAUCACUGUCAGCAGUGCUACUACUCUGACUAUCACGGAUUGCCCCUGCACCCUGACUCACACCAAGGCCUCUACACCCGUGCCGACAUAUACACCGACUACGACCAAGAACGCCACCGUCCCCGUCGUGCCACCGGUCACCACCAGCAAGACGUCCACCACGGUCUUGCCGACAUACGUACCAACCACGGCUAAAAACACCACCACUCCCAUUGUCCCCCCGGUCACUUACAGCAAGACGUCCAACGCAACAAUCAUUGUACCUCCUGUCACCACCAAGACGCCCGGCUACACCAAUGGCACCACUACCGGCACUAAGAUUGCAGUCACUACUGGCACUCUCACCAAGACCAAGGGCACCACCAUCGUUCCUGGCACCACUGAGGGCACCACUACCAUUCCGGGUACCACCAUCGUCCCAGGCACUACAGUGGGUACUACUACUGUUCCAGGCACUACCAUCGUUCCCGGAACCACCGUGGGCACCACCACCGUCCCCGGCACCACCGUCAUCCCGGGCACCACAGUGGGCACCACUACUAUUCCGGGUACCACCAUCGUCCCAGGCACUACAGUGGGUACUACUACUGUUCCAGGCACCACCGUCAUCCCGGGCACCACAGUGGGCACCACUACUAUUCCGGGCACCACCGUCAUCCCUGGAACGACCGUAGGCACCACCACUAUCCCAGGCACUACCAUCAUUCCCGGAACCACCGUGGGCACUACCACCGUCCCCGGAACCACCGUCAUCCCGGGCACCACAAUCAUCCCCGAAACAACUGAGGGCACCACCACCAUCCCCGGCACCACAAUCCUUCCGGGCACUACUGAGGGCACUACGGUCGCCCCUGGCACCACACUUCUGCCAGGCACUACCAUCGUUCCGGGCACCACCCUGACUGCCGCUACCACCGCUGCCACCGGUGCUGCCGGUACCACUACCGGUACUGUUACAGCUGGUGCCAACCGUGCCGGCUCGAACGCUGCUGUCCUUGGCCUCGUGGUCGGUAUUGCCGCUCUCGUCCUGUAA